AAGGAAAAUUCAAACCACCACAGGCUAAAACUCAUGAAAAGCCAAAACCAAGUGGUGAAUGCUAUAAAUGUGGCAUAAAAGGACAUUGGGCUAAUGAAUGUCGAACGGAAAAACACUUGGUAAAAUUAUACCAAGCUUCCACAAAAGGAAAAGGAAAAAAUGUGGAGGCUAAUUAUGCUGAUGAUAUCAACCCAAUUUUGCCUAAAUUUGAUGUGUCCGAUUUCAACAUGGAUGAUGCUGAAAUUGGUGAUGAGGUGGCCUUUGGUGGAACUACUACUGUUUAAAUAUUUUAAUUUACGCUGUUAUGGUGUGUUUACUUUUAAAAUAAAUGUUUAAAAUCUGUACUUUAAUUUUCAUGUGUACUUGUAUUAUUAUGUCUGUUCUAAAAAAUUAUAAUAAAAUAGAGUAUAAAUGAGUAUGAACGAAUCGAAUAGAGGAAGAAGUUGAUGAUGAGCCAAUUCCCGGGCAUAACCAAAAACCCUAGGAACGUAAACCCUAGCUGCGCCUCCGUUCACACGGUGCAGCCGCCGUUCCUACGCCGCCUCUCGUCGGCCUUUACACACCACCUCACGUCGGUGUUCACUUCGACUCACGUCGGAGCCCUUCUCGGCAAGGUAGCCUUGCCGUGCUCAGUUUUUGCAGCAGCUGGUCUCUCUCUCCUCGUUGCACAACAUGACCACCGAAACCUCCAAGAAAGUCAGGUUGAUUCAUGAUCCCACAUCUCUAUAUUAUAUUCAUCCAUCCAAAUGUGCCGUAUACAGAGUACUCCUAAUAAUCCUUAAGCUAGGCCUAGUUUAAGAUAAAAGGGUUUUGGAAAUCUUAAACUUACCUUCACUUAAGGCCAACCAAAAACCGACAGCGUAGUGUUCAC